CGUGCAGGAGUGCGGCUAGGGUUUCUCCUCACUCUCCCCUCUCCCCUCUCCCCCAACCCCUCGCCGCCGCCGCAUCCAAAACCCCUCCCCCCACCCCUCAUCCACCUCGUCUUCUAAUGGCAUCGCGGCCCAUCAGGCGAAGCUGCUAGCUCGUGUCUCCCGUCUGCUUCCCGAACAGCUUGUUGAUCCACCGCAGCCCCCCAUCCUCGCCGCCGCCGCCAUGUCGUCCCUCAACCAGUUCGAUCUCCUUGGAGCCGACGACAACGACGAUCCCUCGCAGCUGCUUGCUGCGGCGCAGGCCGCGGCGGCAAAGAAGGCCCUGGCGAACAAGCCGGAGGCUGCGCCUGCUGGGAAGGCGGCCCAGACCGGGGCGGCAGCCAAGUUGCCGACCAAACCCGCUCCCCCGGGACAGGCUGCGAGGGAUGCGAGGAACGGAGGCCCACCAUCACGUGGAGGAUUUGGCCGUGGUGAACCUGGCCGCGGCAGAGGAGGCGGCCGGUACGGCCAGAACCGUGACUAUGGCAGCGAGAAUACGAAUGGCUACCAGGGAGGUUAUGGUGGGGAUGGCGCUGUAACUGGAGGCGGGGACGGGGAGAGAGGCCCUCGACCCCCAUACCGUGGAGGCGGAGGUAGACGUGGUGGUUACCGCAACAGUGAGUUUGGUGACGACUCUGAGAGACCGCCUCGGAGAAACUAUGAGCGCCACAGUGGGACUGGUCGUGGCCAGGGGAUGAAACGUGAUGGUGCAGGCCGUGGGAACUGGGGAUCUUCCACUGAUGAAGGUCUUGCACAGGAAACUGAUGAAGCUCUCAAAAUUGAGGAUAAUGCUCCCAGCGCUGAGAAGCAGGGUGAGCAGGAUGAUGCUCCUCCAACUACAGAGGAGAACAAAGGCCAGAAGGAUGGUGCUGCAAAGGAGGAGGAAGAGAAUGAAGAGGAUAAGGAGAUGACUCUAGAGGAGUACGAGAAAAUAAGGGAGGAACAGCGGAAAGCACUACUAGCAUUGAAGACUGAAGAAAGAAAGGUUGAAGUUGACAAGGACCUGCAGUCUCUGCAGCCACUGUCUACCAAGAAAGCCAAUGAUGAGAUUUUCAUUAAAUUGGGUUCUGACAAGGAGAAGAAGAAGGAAAGUACCGAGCGCGAUGAACGUGCCAAGAAGUCUCUUAGCAUCAACGAGUUCCUCAAGCCUGCCGAGGGAGAGCGGUACUACGGCGGCCGUGGGCGUGGGAGGGGCCGCGGCGAGGGCCGUGGAGUCAGGGGCGGGUUUGGAGGAGGAUACCAGCGCGGACAGGCGGCUGCGCCAUCUAUCGAAGAUCAGUCACAGUUCCCCACUCUAGGGGGGAAGUGAAGGUUGUGUGCUGUGCUGUCCUGAACGCCAUCCUCGUUGUCUUGACUUGCCUUUAAAUUUUGCCCGACGUUGGAUUAUUGUGUCACGGUUAAUCGGAACAAAUAAUGUGUUUUUCUUUUCUUUCAGUGUGUCGUUACUCGAUUUUGUAUACCGGAGUUGAUCGUCGGGAUUAGCCUCUAGCUAGUUUUGUAGGCUAGCUUUUCGCGUUUGGUUAAAGGUCCUAUUAUGCCUC